AUGGACUACAAAACUUUACAACUCAAUCUCGCAUCAGCAAAAGAUCUCAACAACGUUAAUGUCUUCUCCAAAAUGUACGUCUACGCCGUCGUUUCGAUCUCCGGCGACCCGGUCAAUAAACAAAGGACUAAAACACCCCUUGACAGAGAAGGAGGUACUAACCCCGCUUGGAAUUUCUCCGUUAAUUUCACUUUCAAUGAAUUGCUAGCUCGCCAGAAUCGUUUGACUCUCGAAAUCAACCUUCGCUGUUCCGGCAGCCUCGCCAUUGAUAAAGAUGUCGGUAGCGUCCAAGUUCCUCUCGGCGAGCUUCUUAAACAAACCGGUGAUGGAAAAACUUUCCAACAUGUUAGUUACCAAGUUAGAAAACCGUCUGGAAAACCAAAAGGUUCGUUUAGUUUUUCCUACAAAGUCACUGAUCCGGUGAACCAGAAGACGGAACCUGUUAUGGUUACGGGUUAUCCUUCUCCAGCGGUGGGGUCUGCUUCUUCACCUUACCCCGUUGUGUAUCCUCCUCCUCAGUCGGAAUAUCCGGCCGGAUAUACGUACCCAUCGCCUUCACCGUCUUACAGUGAGUAUCAACAAACUCCAGUGGGAUGCUUUUACCCGCCACAAAACGGCUAUAUGUACCCGCCUCCAGACGCAGUACCGGUUGCAAAAAGUCAUUUUUAA